AUGAACACAAGGGUCCGGACGGCCUCUCAGGCCAUGAAAGCCCCCUCCAAGCUCGGCCCCCAGGUAGGCUUCUCCCAAAAAUGCGAUCUUUGAAUGCUUCUUUGUUCCAUCUUCAGCCCGCCGCAGCGAUUUUCUCUCGUAUUGAAUUGGGUUCCCUCUCCCUCUCUGUUUCUGUCUCUGUCUCUCUGUCUGUCUGUCUGUCUCUCUCUCUCUCUCUCUCUCUCUCUCCCCCGGCGUGCGGUUUCCGGCCCGGCAGAAGGAGAAGGAGAAGGGGAAGACGAUGACCCAGCCGGACGCAAGGACCAUGGAUGCGGGAAAGGCCCCUGGCCGGGGCCGAUCCAGAAGAGAGAGAAAGAUCCAGCUGCAGCAAGCCGUGAGCACCCGCACUCUUCUCUUUCCUCCCUCUCUCUCUCUCUCUCUCUCUCUCUCUCUCUCUUCUGUGUGUGCCGAAUUUUCCAUGAAUUCCGUCGAUCUCCCAGGUCGAUCGGCUGAAGAAGAAGCUCCGCCGCGAGGAGAACAUCCACCGCGCCCUCGAGAGAGCCUUCACUCGCCCCCUCGGCUCCCUCCCUCGUCUCCCCCCUUACCUCCCCCCACACGUAACCUAUCUCUCUCUCUCUCUCUCUCUCUACCUUUCUCUCUCUAUCCUGAGAGCGUCUGAAUUGGGUUCUCUAUGCUGCCCUCAGACGCUGGAGCUGCUCGCCGAGGUGGCGGUGCUUGAAGAGGAGGUGGUGCGGCUGGAGGAGCAGGUGGUCAGCUUCCGGCAGGGCCUCUACCAGGAGGCCAUCUACUUCUCCUCCUCCACCAAGAAGCCUCCCACCGCCGGGAAUUCGCCGCCGCCAGUUCCUCCGCUUGCCGCCAGGAAGUCACCGGCGAAGAAACCCAUCGGAUCGCCGCCAAUUCCAGGGCUCCUGCGGGGAAAGGAGAACCAGCUCUCCACUCCCUCCUCCAUGAAGAAGGCCUCAAGAGCCCAGACCAGAGGAAGAACAGAGGAAUUGGAGUUGUUGGGCCAACAGGCCGCCACCGCCGCCGCUGGCGGCGGUGGCAGCCCCAACAGGGUCUCUGAGGAGCUCGUGAGAUGCCUCAUGGGGAUCUUUUCGGCGAGGAGGAGCAGCUGCUUAAAUUCCUCCUCUGCGGUGGCAGCUAUGGAAGCGGCGGAGGCGGCCCCCUCCGUCUCCGGGUCCUCCGACAGUCCGGAUGAGGGAAUAUUCCGGGACCCCUAUGGAAUAUUCUCAGAAUUCGGGCGGAGGGACGUCGGGCCCUACGAGAGAUUCCUCUCUUUGGACGCCCGUUGGCCGAGCGGCUCCCGCCUUGGUGCUGCCGCCUCGCCGUCGCUCUUCCGGCGGCUCAGGUGAGCUCAGUUGAUCUGAGUUGACUUUUUUGGAUGAAAGCACGAUGCCUUCUGAUGUGUGAGUAAACCGACGAACAAACAGGCUACUGCUCAGGAAGCUUGGGUCGGUGGAUCUACGGGGGUUGACCCACCCGGAGAAGCUCGCCUUCUGGGUCAACGUCUACAAUUCCUGCAUGAUGAACGUGAGUAUGAUCGUCUCUGGAUUCCAUCAAACUACCCGAUCCAAUCCUUCGGUGCUUAUUAUCCUCCUCGUUUCAGGCCUUCUUGGAGAACGACAUCCCCUCCACGCCGCAGAUGGUCGUCACCCUGAUGCAGAAGGUCAACGCAGAGGGGGGAUGGGGGAGAAAUAUUUAGCUGAAACAGCAAUUCUUACAAGAUCAGUUAGUAGAUUCUUACUAAAACUGGCAUUUCAGGCGACGAUCAACGUGGGUGGGCGGCAGCUGAGUGCGAUCUCGAUCGAGCAUUUCGUGCUGAGACUCCCUUACCAUUCCAGAUCUGUAAGCUUUUUCAUCAAAACUCAGAGCUUUAGAAGAAGAACAAAAAAAGUCAAACAGGUGAAGGAAAGAAGUCUCCGCCGUGUUCUUGCAGGCCUGCUUUCCCAAAUCGGGCAACUUGAAGGCCGAUGCAGCCAUGCAGAGUAUCGGGGGGCUGGACUGGCCGGAGCCCCUGGUCACCUUCGCCCUCUCCUGCGGGAGCUGGUCCUCUCCGGCGGUGAGCCACCGCCCCCUCUCUGCUCUUCAUCUGGUCAACGUUUGCAAUUUUUAGAACUCAAGGGAGGAUUUCUGCUGUUUACCUGAUGAUUUGAUGAGACUUUAUGUGGAAUCAUGCAGUGAAUUGCAUGAUCUGGUUGUGUUUGCCGUCUUAGAACUCUGAUCAUUCGAUGAAAUUGUAUAUUCUUUUUCCUAUUUUACGGAAGAUUUGGGCUCCUCGGGUUCUAAGCUUUAACUUUCUUUCCUUUGACUACUGGGCUUAUCUUUCCAUUUCAGGUAAGAGUUUACACGGCCUCCAAGGUCGAGGAUGAGCUCGAGGUGGCCAAGAGGGACUAUCUGCAGGCGGCAGUCGGCAUCUCCACCGCCGGCGGCGGGAUGGGCAUCCCGAAGCUUCUGGAUUGGUACCUGUUGGACUUUGCCAAGGACGUUGAUUCCCUGAUGGACUGGGUCUGCCUGCAGCUGCCAAGUGGCCUCAGGAACGAUGCCGUCAACUGCCUUGAAACCGGGAGGAGCGGGAGGGCCGCCGUUGACUUAAUACGGGUCAUCCCCUAUGACUUCACCUUCAGGUACCUUCUGGCCACCUGA